GUUUUCCACUGCUACUAUUCACAUUCCUUGCAAAUAAGGAAGUCUAUGCAUGGUGUACUUUGCCUUUGAUCUAGCGGGAACACACAAGUUAACGUAUUUCUCAAAUGUGUUCUUAUUUUAGUUUACAAUAAAUGUACUUUAUCAGGAUUUAAAAUAUAUUUGUCCACGCUAGAUAGAUAGAUCCGUGGUUUCGUGUUAUGAUGGAAGCUGUCCUGUGGCUAUGUUGCCGAAAGCUGCUGCCCCAUCAGCCAAGAGCUUUGACUCGGCACACAAGAUGCCUUUCGAGCUGUGUUGGGUCACCCUUGGGAGCCAGCCCUGUCCAUGCCAUAGGCACAUCUCCCCUGCUGGCGUCCCGACUCUUCCAGCCCUCCAACCUGCGUGAGGGGAUAGUGGGCCGGACAGGGGAAAUUACCUGCAAGAGCCAGAGGCUAAUGCUGCUGGGCGGCCUCAUCCACCCCUCCAAUCCUGGCUGCUACUACUACCUCCCAGCUGCAGUGCGUGCCAUGGAGAAGCUAGUGCGCCUCAUAGACCAGGAGAUGCAGGGUAUCGGAGGGCAGAAGCUGGACAUGCCCUCUCUGUGUGCUGCAGAACUGUGGAGGCGCAGCGAGCGCUGGGAUCUCAUGGGCAGUGAGCUGUUUCGCUUAAAGGACCGCCACGGAGCAGAGUACUGCCUGGGCCCCACUCAUGAGGAGGCUGUGACUGAGCUCCUGGCCUCACAGGGCACCCUGUCCUACAGACAGCUUCCUCUUCUGCUCUACCAGGUGACACGGAAGUUUCGAGAUGAGCCCAAGCCAAAAUUUGGGCUGCUGCGAGGGCGGGAGUUCUACAUGAAGGACAUGUACUCCUUUGACACCAGUGAGGAGGCUGCCCAUCUCACCUACCAGGCUGUGUGCCAGGCCUACACCCGCCUGUUUGCCCGGCUGGGGCUGCACUGUGUCCAGGUACAGGCUGACACAGGGAAGAUUGGGGGCAAACUGUCUCAUGAGUUCCAGCUGCCAGCAGAGAUUGGUGAGGACAGGUUGCUCAUCUGUGGGAACUGUGCUUUCUCCGCCAACAUGGAAACCAUUGAACCGGGGAAGACAGAUUGUCCACAGUGCCACAAGGGCACACUGACAGAGUCGAAAGGCAUUGAGGUGGGCCACACUUUCUACCUGGGCACUAAGUACUCUCAUAUAUUCAAUGCUUCUCACUACAAUGCUCAGAACAAGCCAGUGCUUGCUGAGAUGGGCUGCUUUGGGCUAGGGGUGACGCGCAUCCUGGCUGCAGCUAUCGAGGUGUUCUCCACCACGGAUGCUGUGCGCUGGCCGGGGCUGCUGGCACCCUACCAGGUCUGCGUCUUGCCUCCUAAGAGGGGCAGCAAGACUGAGCAGCUGACUAGCCUGGCAGAGGAGCUGUGCCACAGCCUGGGGAAGUCCAUGACCGGGCUGAAAGGGGAGGUGGUCCUGGACGAUCGGACACAGCUGACCAUUGGGAAGCGUCUUAAGGAUGCCAGCCGGCUGGGGUACCCCUACGUGAUUGUGGUCGGGCAGAGUGCUGCUAAGGAGCAGCCACUGUUUGAGGUGUGCUGCCAGCAAAGUGGGAAGACUCAGUUCCUCAGUAGGGAUGGGCUGAUGGACCUUUUGAGUCAAGUGGAGACUGUCUGAUCUGAUCUGCACUCUCAUUAGCAGGGUUUGACUGCUGGGCAAUGAUUGUUUGUCAGUGACAUACUGUAAAAUAAAGUACUGUGACUUUGCAA